AAAGAGAGAGAGAAAGAAAGAGAGAGAUGGAACCACGAGGGGAGAGGCACAAGAUGAAGGAAUGAGAGGAGGCACUAUUUGUUUAUGCAGGAAUGACAGAACGCCCACAUCUUCUUAGAUAGAGAUAGGGAGGGAGAGAAGGAGGGAGGGAGAGGGAGACAGAGAGAGAGAGAGAGAGGGAGUAAUAGAGAGAGGGUAAGCAGUUCCAGCAGUGUGAGCAAUUCUUCUUUGACAUCUGGAGGGACAGCAGAGAAGCGCACACAAGCAGCUCGGGUCAGGGGGGGAAGUCACACUUUGUUCCUCGCCUUGUGAUCUUACACUGCAGGUUCAGGAUGACACAUGGGAACACUGAGGAGAAUCUCUAGAGGCUAUGUGUACACUUCACCAUCAGCCGUCUUCAAUCACAGCAUCCUCUGAUUGCACUCUCAUCACCACCUCUUCCUCUGGAUCCACACUGAUGUCCCUGGAGCCAUGGGCAGUGUUAGCAGUUUGAUCCCGGGACAUAGCCUCAACAGCAAGCACUGCCGCGCUUCACAGAACAAACUCAAAAAGGGGCUCCACUCCAAACGUACAGGCAAGAGUUUGGACGGCCUCCUGAAGUAUGGGUUCUCUCAGGACCCUAGUGGCACUAAUAAUAACAACAAAGGUGUUUUCCAUUCGGGCAAAAGUGAGGACUUCUUUUAUAUCAAGGUGAGCCAGAAGCCCAAGCCUGGUCACCACAGAAACGCGGAAGCAGAGGACCGUGAUAGAGCGUCAUUGGAUACCGAUGCAGGCAGGAAAACUCCACCGGAACUAAUACCGAUGUCUGGAAAACUGGAGAAGAGUGUGGAGAAGGUCCUUAUCCGGCCCACUGCCUUCAAGCCAGUCCUUCCCAGGAGCAGCAGCUCCUCCAUGGAGACACACAACAGCCUGAACCACAUCCUGGGCCACACGCUCAGCCCAUCCGAGAGGUCAAAGGACACCCCGGAACCCAAACAGGACACCGGGUCGGGCACGCUGACCGACUCAGGUCGGAACUCCAUGUCCAGCCUGCCGACCCACAGUACGGGGUACAGCAGCCAGCUGGACAGCACCAGCACUGGCACAUCCACAGGCCACCUGGUGCGCUACAGUGGCUCGGCCCACAACGUCAGCCUGCUGCAGCACCACCACCACCUGAGCGGUAACUCCUCAGGGUUGAGUGGCGUGUCAGGGCCUGCGUGUGUCGGGGACAGCAACGGGGCUGGUGAGAUAACAGUGGGCAGCUGGAUGAACAGCACGGGCAAUGUGGCUAAUGCGCAAGCCACGUCGACACUCAGCGAUAGUCUAACGGCGGCAAUGAACCUGAAUAAGGAUAUAGCCGCAGCGGCUACCACAUGCCAUUCUGGGGGUUUGCUUAGUCUGGAGUUGUUCCCCGAGACGACAACAAGUGUGACUAAAGCCAUGGCCGCAACGCCGGCGUCGGAGAUGGGCUGCGUGCGCUCGCCAAUCUCAAUGGACGAGUCGCUGAUCCUGCAGCUGGAGCGGAAGCUUCUGGAACGUGAGUCAGAGCUGCAUGAGCUGCAGGGGUGUUUCGAGGAGAAGGAGGUCGACACGUGCCAAUUGUUCGAGGAGAAACAGCGGUACUGCGCCGAGGAGAUGCAGGGGCUCAAACAGCGCUGCUCCACCAAGCUCCGCCAGGCCUCCCAGAGGGCACUCAGGUCACAGCAGCUCCUCCAGCUUCAAGUCAUCCAGCUCCAGCAGGACAAGGAGCAGCUCCAGGAGGAGGUGGACCAGCUCAACCGUGACAGGGAGAUUGUGGAGGCUAGGCUGAGGAGCUACGAGAGGGAGCAGAUCCAGCUAGCUCCGACCCUGGAGGAGACUCAGUGGGAGGUGUGCCAGAAAUCAGGGGAGAUAUCACUUCUGAAACAGCAACUGAAAGACUCGCAGGCGGAUGUCGGACACAAGCUGAGCGAGAUUGUCAACCUCAAAGCAGCGCUCAGAGAAGCCAAGAACAAGAUGGGGGAGCUGGAGAGGAAGAGCAAGGAGAAUGAAGACGCCAUUCGCACUCGCUGCGCAGAGGUCGAGGUAUGCCAGAAUGAACUACAAAGAAAAAAAAAUGAGGCUGACCUCUUGAGGGAAAAGGUUGGCCACCUGGAGACCGACAUCAAGGGCAUGAAACAGGAGCUGAGUAUGGCAAAGGAGGAACAGGUGAAACUGCAGAGCAGCAGAGCCAAACUUGAGGAGGAGCAUCUGAAGCUGCAGAUCACCAGAGCCAAAAUGGAGGUCUUUGGUGGUGGCACAGCUGAUGCAGCAGAUCAAGAGAAAGGGGGGAGAGAGGGGAAUGGGCAGGCAACACAGAGAGCCAAAAUGGUGGACACAGACGCUCUACAAAAGGAGGUGGAAAGAAUGAGAAAGGAGCUGAUGGAGGAGAAACAAAAGAAAGACAAGAUGGUGAACCACUUCCAACAGGAGAGACACACAUGGAACAAGGAAAAGGACAAGGUGAUAAGAUACCAGAGGCAGCUGCAGUACAACUACUUGCAGAUGCACAAAAAGAACCAAGACUUGGAGAAAAUACUGCGGGAACUGACAGCAGAGAUGGAUAGCAGGACUGAGCUUGACAUGGACAUCCACAGUCCCCAGCUUCACUUUGACAACCUGGUUGCCACAGAGAUAUAAGGUCAUGGAUGGGUGAAGCCAUGGAAUCAUUUUCUACUUCUACGGUUAAAACAAUAAUAUGACAUCAUCAUCAUCACCAUCAUCACGGAUGGAUUAUGUACAGGACCAGGACCAGUGAUGGAUUCAUCAAGAUAACAUAUCUUUCAUAAUCGAUAAAACAAUAAGAUGCUUGUUUAUCACUGACAGUGCUAAAUCAGCUCUUGUUGAUGUUUUGAACGUUACAUCAAGGCCAGGGUGGUAAACCAUGGUCUCAUGGUCUUCCAUUGUGUAAAAAUGGUAUGCCAAUAGAAAGCCUUGAAGGGUGCUAAUUUGGCCGCCAUCCUAUAUUAACUGUGUUCAUUGUGGUCUGGAAACAGCGUGACUGGGCAGGCUAACGGGCACUGAUCCAAAAUCUUUACACAGUGGUUGAGAAUAUUCGCCAAGCCAGAGCAACCUUCAUGUCAGAGAGAGUCAAAAAUGUAUGUGCUGCCUCUUUGUCUUCGCUGACCGGCAAGCACAACCUGGCCAUAGAAGCUUUUCUCUAUUGAGCAUUUCCAGACUAUAAUCCCAGUGGCAACUGACCUGACAUAUGGACUUGCAGAAUCGGGCUGCAAUGAGCCUAAUAAGAGGUAAAGCACACCUAGCAACAUUUUCCCCCUGUUACCUAUUACCUGGGAUCCUUUAUAACCGUAGUUUACAGUUUUUAAAAUUCAACUAUAACAUGGGAAAACAAAUUAUUUUCUUAUGCUGGCAGAACAGAAAGCAGAAUUCAUUUAAUCUUGCUAGUUGAUAUUUCGGCAAUGUUUUCUUUGUAUACAGUUGAGUCCAGGCAAAAAGAAAGACAUAGGACUGCCAGGACACCCUUGUCCUUUUAGAUGCGCAGAAUAUUCAAAGCAGUUCCUGAAAAAUGUGUAUGUAUAAAUAUGGUGACAUCUCAGUGGAUAUAUUAUAUCAUUACAAGACCUGAGAUGUGUUGAAUGUAAUAGUACAAGACACAUUAGCUAUAAACAUAGUUGUAAAGACUAAACCCACACUCCUCCACUGACAAUAGCACACACUGGUAUGAUAUUAACCCACUAAUGUGCAAACAGCAUGAUCUCUAAUCUCUAUUUCCAAAGCCAGGUGUAUAGCCACAAAGCACUUGAACACUAAUGAUUGAAUGUCCAAGCAAUGCACUAACGGGUGAAUGAGGCCUGUAUGAAUAGUGUUUUUUGUGAGCCUUAAAUUCACUGAUAAAAUGGCCGCCACAGAUGGAGCUUGCACCUGCCACACUCCACCAGUGCUUUACUUUUACUAAGUCAGAAUGUCAACAUGAGGUUCUGUUUACUCUAGGAGACUAAAUGGUAUGCACUACUUGUUCCCUGCAGUUUGAAUUUGGUAACAAUCUUUAUUCAUCGGGAAGCCUUAUCAUUUAGUCUGAAAAAUGAAAUGGGCAGUUAGUUCAACCAAAUGUAUAUAUACAAAAGCAAUACUAAUUGUGCAUUUUUCCAAAGCAUUUGAUAAUGAGGUAAGGGCCUUUUUAAGAUGGAUGACAAAACAGUUUGUAAACAAUGAGCAAAUACACUGUAUACACAGUAGGCAGUGUUUAUUGGGACAUCACCUCAAAAAGAAGACAUUUUUUAUCUGCACUGUCCAGACCACUAUCUACACUGAUACUUUAACCUCAGUACUUUAAUGUCCAUGAUGUGACAGCAGCAAGUUCACUGUAAAGAUUAUGAGCCAACAACGCUCCUCGACAAUUUACUUUGUCAGACAAAGAACUCAAAGAAUAAUUCAAACCUGAGGCGUAAGGGGGGAAGUGAAAAGUUGAGCCCAGAGUAGGUUUGGCAUCCACUCAGUGACCUCCAGUGGUGGAAAAAAAUAACAAUACAAAAUGUCUUCCCAUCCUUCAAUACCCAUGAAUGUCUUUGGUUUAUACAGAGGACAUCUGAAGCUUUUUAGGACAGCUGUACUGUUGUUUAUAGACUGGAUGCAAGGUAGCAAUUAGAAUCCACAACUACAUACUUGAAUAAAAGUUGAAAGUUGAAUGUUGACACUGGCAAAAGAUUGGUCAUGGUGAGCAGCAUUUCCCAAUGCCUCUUUCCAAUGUCUUCUUUCAGACUUGUUUUAGCUCAAGAGCGUUUUGACUUGAUAGGGAGGGUUACUGGUUGCAAUGUACUGUUCACAAUAUCAUGCGUUUUACAUUAUUGGUACACAAAUGUCCAGGAUGUAGCCUAGAACUUUUGCUUCCUUCUUGCAUUCUGUCUUGUCAUUCCAAUGUCAUAUCUGAGUUCCCACAUAUUCCACCUCAGUCUCGUCAACCCUCUCAGCCUUCACCACUUCCUGUGGAUAUUGUGACAUAGGCUUAUGUGCUUUUUCAGAUACUAACACACACCAACACUAGCUAAAUGGUUACAGUAACUCGCAAAUAUGGCAAUCCACAGAUGAAUUUUUACCCAAUGUAUGUAUUGUAUAUUUCUAUUUAUUUUAAAUAAACAAAACAAAGAUC